AUGAUCAUGGCAUGCCCCCAAGAGGCUGCUCUGGCGCCGGAGCAGCGCAGGGCUCUCUUUGACAUCCUGACGCACUACCAGACAUACGCCGACAUUGUGGCGUGCAAGGAGCCUGGCGUGGUGGCGCGCUACGGAUAUCCCUUCGAUCGCUCGUCGCCAUCUUCCUCGCCGCCGAGCGCAACCUCGUCGCCCACGACAAUCGUGUCGUCCUCUGUGGCGCCGCAGCUAGCCCGGCUGAGCAUUCGAGGCAACAGCGGCGAUGACGACGACGACGACGACUUCCAAGACGCAGACGACGGGACGCAGUCGUCGGCGCCGCUGCUGCAGACGCUGCUGACGCAGUUUGUGCUGCCGCUGCCGGGUGUCAAGGACAUGCCGCCCGAGUUCUGGAGCGUGCGCGUGCACGGCAUGAUUAUGCGACUAGCCCAGGCCGAGCUUUCCGAGAGCUACGACAAGGGCGCGCUGGGGACCCGCAAGACGUUGGCGACGGGGUCCAGCGCCUUGCUGGAGAUGGUGGCGCGCGGGACGUUUGGGGGCGUGCCGCGCAAGCCGAGAAAAUUUGUCUUCCAUGGAGAGUACGACUGUAGCCGGGCUGAGGAUUUGGAGCGGGCGUGGGAGGAUCUGGUGCAGGGGCUUGUGUAUGGCGACAUGGUGGAUGACUUUUUCGACCACAUGGACCGGACCGAGGAUCUCGAGAGUCACUCGCCAGGGCUCAAGGCCGUGGCCGAAUAUGUCCUCAUUCAGCUCGCGGCGGGCGCGCACCACGUCUUCAUCCGCUCGCCCGAGGGUCCGUACUUGCUCAAGCUGGUGGAAAACGUGCACGGGCUGAUCCCCUACAAGCUCAUCAAGCAGACGCUGCGGGUGGGCAACGCGGCGACCAUGAUGAGCGGCAUGAUGCGCAUCCUGCUGGCCAAGCUGAGCGUGACGAGCGUCACCAACUGGAUAGGCAUCACGUCGAGCGCCGACGACGGCAUGAACCUGCUGCAGCGCAUCAUAUCGCUCGUGCUGUCGUGGGACGCCGGCGACUUCCGCAAGAGUGCCGACAAGGUGGAAAGGGCAAAAGAGAGGGAACGGCCGAGCGACGAGGUGCUCCGGGCGCUUCGCGACCACGUGGCGCGCGCGGAGCGAGCUGAGCACGAGGCCGUCAGGGCGGCGAGCGCGAAGAAGUCGCAGUCCAUCAUCGUCGCCAUCCUCGAGGCCUCGUCGGUGGACGCAGCGUCGUUGACGGAGACGCAGCAUGCGCAGUGCCUCGAGUACUACUCUGCGCUGCUCUCCGUCCGCGACCGCGACAGCAUCACGGCCGCGCUGUGCCGCGAGCCGCCCGACCUGCUCACGCAAGCCGUCAAGGACGCCGUGGCGGCCUACGACCCCAUGAUCCGCAGCGUGCACGCGCGCGUCGAUCUCAAGGAGCACCUCGACGCGCUGCAGGGCUUCAUCGACGAACUCAUCAAGGCCAGCAAGCCCAGCAGGGGGCUCGACGGCAAGGAGAAACUGCCGACCGUCGACGACUACGUGAAGCUGCUGCGCAAGAAUAGGGGGCUGCUCUAUCGCUGGGUGCACGCCAUUGCAACAAAGGCGCCCGACGUGUGGUCGUGGUUCCGCGACUGGGCGAAUGCGUCCGUUGUCAAGUUUCGCCAGGCCGAGACGCCGACUGGGGUGAGCGCAAUGGAAGCCCGACUGGACCACCUGUUUGUCUCGCUCGACCCGCGUGCCCAGCGUCCGGUGCUCGACGCCCUCGACGCGCACGCCGCAUACCUGUCCGCCCUGUCCGACCUAUCCCUCUCGCGCCUCCAAGCCCUCGUCGACAGCGGCAAGCCCGACAAGGCCAAUCGCAGCGUCGACGCCGCGGCCCCGGGCAUGUACCUCUCGCGCUGGCAGGCCCUCCUCGACGAGACGCUCAUCACGCCCGCGGCGCCAAGCGGCGCGGUGCGGCACGGCAGCGACGUCAAGCACAUCACCACCAUGGGCAAGACGGGCGCCUCGUGGAAGCGCGGCUUGGCAGCAGCGACACCGACACAGGGGCAGCAGCCGCAGCAGCAGCAGGGUCCGGUGGCGCCGGACGUGGGCGUGGUGGUGCGCGCGCUGGCGGCUGGGUUUGGCGGCGUGAUUAGAGAGAUGGCGGCCGAGGUGCAGGCGAGGGACGCUGCGGCGACGGGGAGGUAG